AGAACAUGGAAAGGACUUUAUCAUAGAGUAGUUUCUCUUUAACAUGACAAGCCAUGUGAUCCUUUGUUUGUUUGUUUGUGUUUGGUUUUUUUCACUGUUCCUGUAACGUAAGUGAGAACAAGACGUCACUCUUUUUGCGGACUUUCCACAACACCGUAAAUCUGUAUAACGGAUGAAACUUUGAACAUAAAAUCCUUUUUUUUGCUAACGAACAUGUUAGCAUUAGCAAAUGCUUUAAUACAGCUGGAAUAAGACAUUUCUGGAUAUUGUUGGAAACACGUGAAUAUGUCCAUGACGUCGCUUAUUUUCCUUUAACAGCUUUUGUCUACUGUAUGUUUGUGUUUUUAAAGCAGAAACCACGUACUGUGGUGAAACUCAUGGAAUUUGGUGUAUUGUAGAGUAAAUACAGAGAAACACUCACAAAACUUCACAAAAAUCUUCGCAGCUAAGCUAAUCAUGUGUUCAUGGAUACUUCCUGUUAGCUUUCAAACAUGUGAUUUUUAGGGAAUUUAGUCAUAGCAGCAUGCUGACCGGGUCAUUAUUAACCAGCAUGUCCGAAAAACUAACUGCUGUCAGUGGACAUUUUAUAUAUGGAUAUUUUACUGUCUGAAAACGUCCCCUUUUUAUUUUUAAUCACAUUUGACAGCUAGCUUGCAAGUUAGAUGCUAACUAGCAUGCAAAGCUGAGGGAGUUGAAAUGUGAAGCUUUCCCAAGCACACACAAAAUAAAUCAUGCUUGUGAUACAGUGAUACAUCAGAAACCAUAUAUUCAGUAGGAUUUAUUGAGCCUUCUGGUCUGCUGUCUGAAGGAACGGCCUCAUGUUAGCACCUUUAGCUUAAGUUAGCAUACACCAGAGCGAGCUAGCAGUGCUGGGGUGAAGUAAAUAUGUAAAAAAUAAAUAAAUCUGGCAUCUCGUUUACAAAAUAUAUUUAAAGUUUAAAAUGUAUAAAAUACUGUAUUUUAGAGGGAUGUAUCUCUGCAACUGCAGAUUCUUUAUAGUUUUUUAUGUUAUUUUAUUCAGCUGUAGUCAAGCAAAUUUAUGCAAUGGAACAAAAUAGAUUUUGAGGUAAAUGUUAUGAUCAUUAUUAUUAUAAAAAAAUUUAUUCUUUACCUCAGCUAUCCUCUGAAUUCAGAAUUCAGAGUUAAUGAAUGUAAGCAUAGCCAACACACACACACAUUUCUGUUUUAGUCUCUCUUGGUAGUAAAAUACUGUAUGUUCAUUCUUGUGGCUUAUCGGUGUGUGUGUGUGCGUGUGUGUGUGUGUGUGUGUGGUUUACAGCCCAAAAGAGCCUAAAUGUUUGCAUUUGGUUACUAGGUUAGAGAGAGAGAGAGAGCUGCUUUAAAAGAGGGUGUGGCCGUCUUAGGAAACAGCCCGAUGCCUUUUGUAUGACAUGCCCGAGACCGUGUGUGUGUCAGAGUGAUUGUGGUCAUGUGACACAGUGCUGAUCACGUGACCUAAAGAGGAUGUUGAAUAUUGUCUGUGGGUUUUGUUUUUUUUGAGAGUCUUAUCAAGGGCUAUUUGUAGUCCACUGUGUGUGUGUGUUUUUGCGUGAGCACAAUUUUUGUGGCUGCUUGUGUUUGAAAGUCUUUCCUAGUGUGUAGUGGCAGUACCAGCCCAAGCAAGUGUUGCUGACACACACACACACGCGCACACACGCUUAAUGUGUGAAGAUAAAGAGACUUUGUGUGUGUGUGUGUGUGUGUGUGUGUGUGUGUGUGUGUGUGUGUGUGUGUGUGUGUGUGGGAAUAAGCAUUGCCUAUGCGAAGCAGGGUAUUGUUCUGCAGCUGGCCCAGUGUAUCUCUAACACACACUUUGUCAACUUAAGAUUAGAAAUAUAAUAACACACACACUUAAUAGAAAUCAGUGAUCACUCUCUUUCAAAGAAGAAGUGGUGCAUUUAAAGGAAUAGAAGUGUGUGUGUGUGUGUGUGUGUGUGUGUGUGUGUGUGUGUGUGUGUGUGUGUGUGUGUGUGUGUGUGUGUGUUCAGCUGAUGAUGCAGCACAAUUUAAUAGAAACUUGUGGGAAAAGAGGGAGCGGACCAGUCAACCUCCUUCCAGCCUCUUUUCAGCAACAGCGAACACAAGCUCAUGUGCAUGUUUGUCUGGGGGUGUGUAUGAGUGUGUGUGUGUGAGAGAGAGAGAGUCAGGGGAGUCUGAAAGGCCAAAAUGGGCGUUCUGUGACCGGACAGGAUGGAGAGCAGUUGGGCUUCUGCUGAGUUUGAUCUCGCACAAAUCCGACUGAUUGUGUAUCAGGAUUGUGAAAGAAGGGGUCGCCAAGUACUCUUCGAUUCCAAGGCUAUACGGAAGCUCGACCCGUCUGAACUGAAUGUCGAGGAGACAAAAGCUCCGCCCACUCGGGGCGGUGCAUGCCAAAUCGGCUGCAAGGCAAAGCAGAAAGAGACUCCGCCUACUUAUCAGUAUACAAGACCAUCUUCAGAUGUGAAUAUGCUCGGGGAGAUGAUGUUCGGCUCCGUCGCCAUGAGCUACAAGGGGUCGACGUUAAAGAUUCACCACAUCCGAUCUCCUCCUCAGCUGAUGGUCAGUAAGGUUUUCUCCGCACGCUGUGGCAGCAGUAACGCAGGCAGCACCAACACUCUCCAGGACAGCCUUGAUUCUAUUAGCCAAACCUGCCCAAGUCGCAGCAGCAGCAUCGCUCAUAGUAAUCCUGUGGACAUGCCAGGCCGAGGACACGGUGAAGACAGUGACAGUGGAAUCGCCCGUUCAGCGUCACUCAGCAGCCUCCUGGCCACGCCCCUCCCUUCCCCCGGCUCGUCCUACAGCAGCGGGUGUGCAAGCAGUUACCAACGGCGAUGGCUCCGUAGCCAAGUGACCAGCCUCCAGCAUGGCUUGAUCCCUCGCUGGAGCACUGAUGAGAUGUUCAGCCUGUCAGACGAAAGCUGCAGCUCGAACCCUGGUCUGGGCCGCAGGAAGAUGAUCGCAGUCAGCAUCAUCAUCAGCCUGCCGGAGAAAGAGGAGGAGAACCAAAGCUUUCAGGAAUUCUUCUUCUCCCACUUCCCCCUGUUCGAGUCUCACAUGAACAAACUGAAGACUGCCAUCGAGAGGGCAAUGAUUGUGUGCAGGAGAAUAGCAGAGCCUAGUCAGCGAGUGCAGGUGUAUCUAUGUCGGGUUAUGGAGGCACUGGGAGAGUUCAGUUGGACAUAUUUGUCUCAUCGUAUCCUCAUGGACUGUGCUAUGGUAAAAUUUACAAGGAUGACCGUGUGGAACCUGUACAUGGCUCCACGGAUCACUGAACCCAUCUGGCUGACCAUGGUGUCCCAGAGUGCUGAGCGAAACCAGCUGUGUCAGAGCUUCCUGAAGGAGAUGAGCCUGCUUAUGGAACAGGGGGCCAAGAACCAGUUCCUGUCUUCUCUCCUCACUGCGGUCCUCAUGCAUCACCUCGCCUGGGUUCCCACGGUAAUGCCAAGCAGCCACCAGCCAAUGAAAGCCUUUCAUCAGAAACACUGUUCUCACAGGGUAGACUCUCUGGCCAACUGUCACCCCUACAACCCACUGUGGGCACAGUUAGGAGAUCUGUAUGGUGCGUUGGGUUCUCCUGUUCGAGUGUGUCGUACUGUGGUUGUCGGGCGCAGUCGUGAGCUGGUGCAGCGUGUGCUGUACAUUCUGUCCUACUUUGUCCGCUGCUCUGACCUCCUGGAAAACACACUUCCUCACACACAGACAGAAAGUCCUGCCGAUCCAUGCCCUUCUCAAACCACUAACCCCUUCUCCUGUUUCGAGAGGACCAAUGAGAGACCAUUUACCUGUGAUUCAGAGGCUGCAAAGUCCACCCUUAACCCUGAAAAGACCAAUGAGAGAACAGCUGAUACAAAUCCCACAGAUCCGACUUGCAGUCUGGAGGAAACCAGCACAGAAGCAGGCGACUCUGACUCAGCUGCCUCCUCCCCCUUUUCUGAAACAACCAAUGAGCAGCUAGGAUGCGAUCGGGAAUGUUCAUGGCAACUGGGACUAGAGCACUCGUUAGCCAAUCCGAGCCCUCCUGUGCACAGAGUGCAGUUCAUGAUUGGCAGCCCAAAGGAGGGGGAGAACAACAGAGAAUGUGAGACGAGGACUGGACAUCGGUGUGAGCGUGGCUUACACAGGAAGAUGCCCAGUAGGCUUUUAACAAACAGCUUGGACAGUUCGGAUGAGGAGGAAUCAUCUCACAAGCAGACAUGCGCAGGAAAUGAAAUGCCGCAACAUGAGCUACCGCUCCCAAGCUGUGAUGUGGAGCUCCGACCCGACAUGAAUCAUUUCGGUCGCUCUCUGCUCGGAGGUUAUAGUCCACAGUACAUGCCUGACUUCGUCCUGCACGGCGUCACCUCGGAUCAGCGGCUCAAGCAGUGCCUGAUGGCCGACCUGGAACACACAGUACUGCACCCUGCGUUGGACGAGCCAGUGGCUGAAGCCAUGUGCAUCGUGGCAGACACGGACCGCCUCAGCGUUCAGUUGGCUACUACGCAGCGGCGUGUGUGUGAGCCAGGCCAGCUAGGAAGAGACGUGAUGGUCUCCAACCUCGUACACACACUCCUCACAUCUGUGCUGCAGCUGCACACACUCAACAUGGCCGCAGACUUUUGUGUCAUGCAUUUGGAGGACCGCUUGCAGGAGGUGUACUUCAAGAGCUGUUCUUUAGCAGAAUAUCUGAAAGGACAGCAACGAGUCCAUGUAAAGGAACUGGGACUAGCGCUGGGGAUUGAUUCCAGUGAUCUUCCAUUACUCACAGCUGUCGCCAGCACACACUCGCCCUACGUUGCGCAGAUCCUUCUGUGAAAGGAGCAGCUUCGCUUCACCGACCAAUCAGAGUGCUUGCCUCCCACAGCAGACCAAUAAGCAGCCGAUCUCCUUGGCGAUGAUCCGCCCGACCAGGGUCAUGUUGCUAGCCUUUAAAGAGAGAUCAGACUGUAAGGUUUACAUCUUCUCUAAACUGACUGUGUGUGUGUGCGUGAGUGUGAGAGAGCGUGAGCUUUUUCUUACCUGCACUAUUUCCAUGGUAUUGUUUUGUCUUAAAAGUAAAACUGGAUCAGGUAAUGCUACAUUUAAUGUCGUUAUAUAUUACAACAGGUGACAAAUUAAAGUUUUGUUUAUUUUUAAAGUAGCACAUAUUAGAAAGGAUUAUUCUGGUUAAAUUUGAUGCCAGCUUCAAAUCCGCAAAGGCAAUCUGGGACGAGUUUGAAAAAGCGCAGCAGAUUGUUGCUUUUCUCUUAAUUUGCUGCCUACUUAUCCAUGGGCUUUGUUUUUAUAAAGUUUUGCAUCAAUAUUGAUGUUCUGGGUAAACUGCACGUGCUGCCUAAGAUUAAUACAAUGCAAACAAGACGUCACUUUAAAAAAGAAGAGUUGGAUUACAGCAGCGUUUCUUAACCCUGUUUCUGCAAAUCUGUUAUACAGUCAAAUUAAACAGUUAAGAUUAGGAAAUUGUGCACUGUGAUGAAUUAGGGUUAUUUACAGUUGGUUUACAGAAUCUGAACCUGUGUAAGAUUUUAGUAUUUAUUAUAAGAAACAAUACCUGUCAAUCACCUUGAAUAACUGUACUUUUCUGUACCUUUUGGUUAAAACUGAUUGGUUUUUUGUUUUGUUUUGGCGUCCUCUUGUGGUGGCGCUGAGGUUUACAGGAUCGUUCAUAAAUACCAAUAGGGUUUCUACCAGAGCUGGUGGUUUGUUUGGGUUGUUGUUGUUUUUUUUUUUUUUUUUUUUUUUUUGUUUUUUUAGGUGGGGGGGGGGUUGCACUGUUAUGGUCUCAUUUAUCUCUUCAUCAAGCUCUAACUGUAUAUAAUGAUGGCUUAUUAUACAGCACAUGUAAUCAUUUACACAAGAAGCUAAUACUAACAGCUUUCUGGGUUUGUGUGGAUAGAUAGAUGGAUGAAUUGUAUCAGGUGCUACCAUGUUCUACACUGUGUAAAAAAUAUGUUUUAACAUAUUUUCUAUACUUUGAGUAAACUUUACUAAUAAGUUUCCCUGUAAGCCACAUCCAGCUCUAUUUAGGCUACUAUUCGAGUCUUCAUUUUGCUUAGUCUUACUUUUCUUUUAAAUGUACCAGAGACUCUUUGUUAUUUUUUUUUAUACACUGACUUCUACCUCACGGUUGCUUUUAAAAGCAGUCCUGCUCUCAGACGUGAAAGACACGACUCGUGUCGAUCGUUUUUAAGUUCGAUCCUUGGAAUAUGGAAUAAAUUUGAAUAAAUGUCUCAGUUGAAAAA